AUGGGCAUCCGUGAUGUCUUCUCGUUCCUCACGGCCAGUAAAGGCAACUCAAAGCGUGAUGGGUCGUCCUUUGCAUCAGCCUCCACCACCUCACCCGCUUCUCCAACUCCCUUCUCGCACCACCGGCAUAAUACCGACCCUUUUCCCCGAGGCGCAGUCCACUCGCCUACUGCCGCAGAUUCUGCGUCACAUAGAUUAAAAAAAUCAGACCGGAUGGGUUCAAGGCCAGUUUCAGCUCACCCGCAACCGCAAUCGCCCAUCAUGGACGCGACAUCCGAAGCCAUCCCAGAGCUAGAGCCUGUUUUGAACUAUCUGAGCAGCCAGGCAAACAAGCUCUACCAGGAGGGCUAUUUUUUAAAACUAAACGAUUUAGAUACCAGUGGUCGAUCGUUUCAAGAUAGGCAAUGGGUGGAUUGCUUUGCUCAAUUAGUUGGCACUGUCCUUUCGAUAUGGGACUCAUCAGCGCUGGACGCAGCUGGUCCUGAGGGAAAUGCGACACCUAGCUUCAUCAACCUGGCUGAUGCUUCAAUCAAAAUGAUUGAAACCCUGCCCACGCGGAAUGAAGGCGGCAAGCCUCUCCAAAAUAUUCUUAGCAUAUCGACUGCUGGAAAGAACCGAUAUCUCCUCCAUUUCUCGUCGCUACAUUCACUGACUCAGUGGACUGCCGCUAUCCGCAUAGCAAUGUUUGAAAAUACCAUAUUGCAAGAAUCCUAUACUGGCGCGCUUAUCGCAGGCAAGGGGAAAACUCUGAAUGGCAUUAAGAAUAUCCUAGAAAAAACGAAAUUCGUGUAUGAAGACUGGGCGCGCGUCAGGUUUGGUCCCGGAACCCCUUGGAGACGAUGCUGGUGUGUGAUCUCACCACCUGAUGAAAAGGAGUUUCAAAGAUUGAAAAAGGAGCAGAAGAGGAAGUCAGUCUACGAACGGAGCGCUCCUUCAUUGAAGGGAAACAUUAAAUUCUACGAAACGAAAAAGACCAAAAAGGUCAAGCCUAUCGCUACCGUCACGGAUGCAUUCUCCGCAUUUGCCAUUUACCCCCAAUCUCGACCGCUAAUUGACCAAUCCACGCUGGUUAAGGUAGAAGGCCGAAUAACGAUGCACAGCAAAGUUGAAUCAACUACAGACGGAUUUAUUUUUGUUCUGCCUGAGUUACAUCCCGCGAUAUCUGGUUUCGAAAUGAUGCUUCGUUGGUUGUUUCCGGUUUUUGAUACGUUUGGUCUCUACGGCCGACCCACAAAACUUAUUGCAGAUACCCAGAAUACUCACAGUAUAAUGUUUGCGCUCCCAACGCGACGACAACCUGGAUAUCUUGAUAUUCUCGAUGUGGCUGCCCUGAUACAUACUGAAGGAAGCAAUAACUGGACCGAGCGGGAAUGGCGGAAGGCGCUGAAGAGUGCCACCGCCAAACGAAUGAUGAAUAGCAAUAGCCGAGAGAGUAGCAUUGCAGGAAGUGGGCGCUUUAAUCGGAACAACGCCCCUUCGCGCAACAGCACACCAUUGCGGUUUGCGAACGGUACAGCGCCACCUUCAUUCACUGGGAGAUCAGAACCUAAUCGCUCUAGCGAUGGGAGCUUAAGCUUUCUAAAAGCCGGAGUUCAUCCAGAUCGCAAUUCGGUGGGAUAUAGAAAUUACCCCGGACAGGGAACCCCUCCCUCCCUAUCAUCCGGCGAAAAAAGCUUGUCUGAGGAGGCUGAGCAAGCACCGGAACCUCCAAUGCAUAGGAGCUCCCAGUAUGAUGGGGUAUCUAGUCCAGACGGAUAUGCUCUAAAGGGUGGUUCCAAUAGCGACGUCAACGACUACCUGACCCAAGAACGCCAGUCGCUUGAUAAUGGAUAUCAACAAAGCCUGCCUCCUGCACCUGUAGCCAUCCCGCCGGCUUUCGUCCAUGACACUCGAAGAGCGCCCCUUGUGAGGCCUCAACCGUCACCGGACCUUCACAAGGCAGGAAACCGGAUAUCACAGGGAACUUUGAGCCAGAUGGUAGAUAUAAAUAUGCGAAGGAACUUGGCUACCGCUGGCGAAGCAGCAGGGUGGAAUGGGAAAAUGCCGGCCAGACAGCCGGAUGAUCAAGGUCAGCGAGGGGACGUGCAGAAUGCUGGUAGCGGGGAGGAAAGUUCUACUGACAUGAGUUUUUCGCCUCAAAGCCCAGUAACACUUAGAACCCCAAAGCCAUAUUCCCAAAAUCCCCAGGCUCCAGCAGUGGAUGACCCAACCCAACUCCCCUCGCGUCCCAAUUACUAUGAGGAUCGAAGUUCCGUAGCGAACUUCCUUAAACUCGAUAUCCAAAAAGCAGCCUCCCGAAAGCCGAUUCUCCAAUCUUCAUAUGAUGGUGAAAGCCGGGUUUCCGACAAAUCUUCGAGCCUAGAUAGCAUGAGCCACGCGAUUGACGUCGAUGCGUUAGACAAAAUCGUUGCUCGAGGACGGUCCCCAAAAUUACGAACCGACAAUGUCCAGGAUGAAGAAAGCAUGUAUGACCAGAAUUCAACGUCCUCGCCUCGCUAUGCCAGCUCUCGUGAGCCCUCGCCCUCAAGGCCGUUAGACAAUCCCGUACCACAGCCAAGGAUGGGAGUGUUGAAGGUUGUUGGGACUGACGAUCUAAACAAUUCGGAAGUGAUAAUUGGCGAUGUCCGUUACCGACGCUCUGACCCUCUUGCCCCUCGUCAAGACAAUCCAGAUAUUCCCACUGUUGAUUUUGGGCCAACACAAGUUUAUAUGCCCACGACCAGGCGACCUAGCACCGCAGAUACACAAGCUCUGUUAACUCACAAGCGGAUUCCUUCAUAUACUACCAUUGGACGCGAAAGGCGAGGGUCUUCAAGGGAAACAAGCCACGGUAGUGACAGUAAGACUCCAUCCAGCGAUGAACACCAGCGAAGUAUGAUCUGGCAACCCGGAAUGGUGAGUGGGCCAGCGAGCCCUGGGCCCCAUAUCACGCCUGAAGAGUUUGUUCAGCGGAAGGUGGACGCGAAUCGGCUCACCUCUCACCACCGUUUCCCAUCUGUUAUUAUCCAACCUCGACCAGCAUCUGGCGAUUGGACAAACUACCAGCGCCAACAACCAAUGGCGCAGGACAUGCCUGCGCGCCCGCACUCGCGAGGUGCUAGUGUAAUGUUGGGUAACACCGGAACCGGAAGCACACCAGUCAAAACAUCACCUGGUGAUCGGACCAAUACAGCACGACCCCAAUCAAUGAUGCGAGAAAUGAUUCCUCGCCCGCACUCUCGUGGAGCAAGUGUUAUGCUUGGGUGUAAUGACAUCUCCACCCACCUUUCUGCACGGGAGCAAGAAUAUGUAGCGCGAAUGACUGGGUCUUCUUUCUUCAACGUCUCCAGCGAAAAGCAAAGCGAAGACCAAAUUCACGGCGCAGGCCUCGUAAGCGCGAUAGAUGCUAGAGAACGCGACAAAAAGGCUAUAAAGGAGGGUUUUAGCAGCGCAAUGGUCCAACAAGCUAUCGCACAACGCCAAUCCUUACAGACGCACUUCCAGCCAGCACAGCACACAGUAGGUUCACAUUUUCCACCACAACAUUACCGAUAUAACAGCUCGAAUGGCAUGGUUGGCGGCUAUGGCUCCAUUAACCCACACCAGCAACAAUCAGCAAGUCAACAACAACAAUACCAACGCCAACGCCAGCCAUCUUGGUCAAGUAACCAGCAAUUUCGCUCGCCACAGCAGCAGCAGCCGCCCAUGACAACAACUCCAGCAGGAUAUCGACCAAAUCCUUAUUACCAACAACCAUCAUCAUAACGAGGGUCCGGGAGCCCAAUACCACUACCAGUUUCAAACCAAAUGAGUUGUAGGAGACAACAAAAAUCGAGAGAAAAGUUAUCUAUGAACUACUGUAUAUAUUUUUAUAUAUAUAUGUGAUGAGAACUUUUUUCUACUUAUGGGAAUGACAGCUUGGACUAUUAUGCUUCGUUUCUUUUUUAGUAUUCACCUUUCGAGCUCUUUUCUCGGACUCCCUUUUCGUUUUCCUCAUCGCUCUCCCCUCUUUCUGAGGACCUUGUUUUUUUAUUUUCUAUCCAUGGCGUGUGUUGUUUCAUUUGUUUUUGCUAAAUGUUUUGCCUGCGUACAAUCGCUGACUGCAUCUCCAUUAUGUAGCGUGUGCUUUCAUUUGCAUUUCAUCCUGUCUCGCCGUAUCUUUCCCUUUUUCAUCUGUCUGCUCUUCCACUUCGUUUUCCCUUCAUGAUAUUUCGUACAUCAUCAACCCUGCACAGCAUAUUUUUGCUUUCCGUUUUCCUUUGUACCCUCGCAUUAGUUUCGUCUGCCUUUCAUAUUUAGUCCGUCGCAUUCACCACCGCGUUUCAUCUCCUCCUUUUGUCGUACUUUGCCAAUUCCUAACCAGGUAGCUCUACCACUUAUAGUCCGCCACCUAACACACGCAUACCUACACGAAGCCAAGGUCUUUAGAUAUCCGUAUUAAUUUCACUCAGGCCGUUUACACUCUCCUGGCCUAGUUCUUCCUCAAACACUCUUGACUCCAAUUCUUCGCUGGACAAACAUUCAUUAGGCCUACUUGUUUUUAUCUCCAUUCAAAACUUCGUUCAUGUUCUCUUUGACCUACAUUAUCCAUAGCCUGCGGAACAGGCCAUAACUCCAACCACCCACGGGGGUCCUACAAGUGUGAAGAAAGACAAAAACGAAACGAUCUAAGCAUUCCCCAGUCCUUGCUUGAACGAGUCAACCCUAGCAUGUACUAAAAGAAUGUGUGUUUUAAAACUUAAAAAAGUUCCAUUUCAUAUUCUGCUUUUCUUCUUUCUUCUUUUUUUCUUUCUUCGGCUUCUCUUUUGAUUCUCAUUUUAUUUUUCUUUAUUUUCUCUUGUUUUCUCCUCCUCCUCCUCCUCCUCCUUUUUCCCUUUUCAUGAUAAUAGAGCGCUAGAUAGAUAGAAUAUUUCUGUAUUUUUGCUCCCUCUUA